AUGCAGCUUGUUUCCGCUUGCACGAUUCCAAAACUCUACUUUUUCCUUUUCGUCGGUCUUCAGCUGUUUCUCGCGAAGACUGUCCAAACGGUACCCAUUAGUCCGGAAACUGUCCGUGGUGGUUCAUCUUCUGACCUGAUCCUGGACAAUCACGACGUGACGCUGGACGUCUCGAACACUGCGAGACUGUCGUCGAAUCGUGCACGCGCCGAGGGACCUACAAUUAUUCAAGCUCACAUCGUAGUCAACACAAGUUUGGAAACACCCGAUGAUGUUCUCUUCUCCAUCCAUGACGCUGCAGAAACAAUACUAAAUCUGGUUACCUCUGACAUUCGAAAAUCAGUAAAGCAACAUCGGGAUGUAGAUCUCCCAGAGGAUCUUGCUGUUGAACUAUCUUCGAUGUACGUAUAUCCAACUGGAGGAAAGGAGUAUUAUACGGUUGAAUACAUCAUCUUUGAUGGAAUGAGCGAUGGGAAGUCCUGGGUGCAUCCGCGAACAGAGGCCCAAAACUGGAAAAUGCUUAUUGGCAAACAAUCUUUCACCGGGUUGAAGGAUCGUAGCCCGUAUUCCUAUAACCCGAAAAAGCUUGAUGCGAAUCUACAUGCGGAAGGCCAUAGGUUGAUUCUAUCGACUCAAGGUGGAAAAUUUCAGCGUGGCCCUUGGCAGGGAACCAAGAAGGCAGAAUGUGUACCCCUCCCAUCCCCCAAUAGGAAAGUGAAGCUUUUGCAUGACACUGAUCGCGAUAUCGAAAGAAUUUCUGUCAGCUUUCCGUCUGUGGCCUACGAAGAGCCUCAGGCCACGAGCAAAAUGAGGGAGUUGGCUAGGAAAUGGAUUGAGAAGUGGGUUGGGCCUGCUUGGAACUCCAGAGGACCUUCAAUUCCGAAGUAG